GCGUGAGCUUCAAUGGACAAGUGACAUUCCGUUCCUCCUUCCCGAUCCUAUCAACUCGUCACUUCCCAUACAUCCCCAACGUUCUCGGCUUGACUGCAUGCUGCACAAAGUCUUUUCCCCCUCACCAAUCAUCAGGUGCCUUGCGUCCCUGCCUCUUUCUCUGCAUCGAUCUUCCGCAUCUCAACGCGCGUUCUGACCCCGCGCCUACCCCCAUAACUGUCGGUCACUCGGGUUUCUCGAUCGCGUCAACCACCCCUUUCGUUCAAACUCGUCUCGCGAACUCGAGUCUCUGCACAUUCCUCUCUUCAAUGGGCCCUGGGGAAAUGACCAUACACCAUUGAGACUUCAGACCCUCUGUUCUUCCUCCUUCUGUUCAACCGUUACUUCCGAGCACAUUCACAACUUGCCCCUGCAGCAGGCGAUUUAUCGUCUUUGUCUGACCGCCAGGUGUACCUGCCCCAACCUCGAUAUCGACGAUUGAAAAGAUACUGCCAGCCACACUAUAAAAGCUGCUCUCAAGAUGGUUGUCAUUGUUGAUCUCGAAGACGAGAACGUCGAGUUGACCUUCCAGACACCUGCUCCCCGGCGUGUCUCGGUCGCAAAACCUAAUGCGCCCAGACUCAUCAUGGAUGACGACCUGCAUGAACCGAGUACAAGGUCGAUCUUCCAAAACUGCAUUACUCGAGCCUUUGGACAAUAUCCCAUCGUCGAAUCCGUGGUGCAGCACAUCGACCUCAACACUCUCGAUAGCCUUUCCCGCACCUCCUACCUCAUACACGAGGGCUUGAUUCAAUACCGCUCUAGUUUACUGAAGGCAACGAUACGCUGCAUCAACAGUGAAGAGCCGGUCGACCCUGAGUCGACUCUGCGUUUCCGUGCCAGAGCCGGCAACCACUACUUCGAAACAGACCCCCGUUCUCUGCGUGCCGGUUCUUACCUUCCAUACAAUGGCAAGAGCGGUCAAUGUGCUCGCGACUUGGUGAGCGAGUGCAGGUUAUGCGGCGUCCCAGUUUGCAGAAACUGCACCAUCAAGCGACCUGGUGCCGCUGCUGCCGCUGAGCGUCACAGGCGACUCUGCACAUCGUGUGUCGAUGCGCCAAUCGGGGCUUUACUGGGUCCACCAGUCGACCCCGAUACACCUCAGGAGGCGGACGAAGUUCAACGAGAACUCUGCCAGUGUGAUGAGAAUGCCGGUGUAUGGCUGUGCCAGCCCUGUGGCAAAGGCAUCCGCGCUUCUGAUUCGGACUACAAUUGUGUCUGGAAAUGGCGUAGUCACUACGGCGAAGUCCUGGGCGGACUUGGAACGGGCAUUGGAGACGGCGAUCGAGGCGUCAUAUGCGGUCGGGAAAGCGACUGCGUCGCAGCCAAGGAGGUUGAGCAAGAGACAGAUUGCGAUGCCGAAGAUGCCCGCGAAUCUUCGCUAGAAACGAUUACUCCGCCUGGCACACCCGGAUCGUUCUUACACCGCCAGGACAGCAGCAGCAGCGUCAGCUCUCAUGAGCGCCAACGGACGCCGUCACCACUGCAGCUGGGGCCAGGCUAUGAGCGACACGAGAUCGAGGGCAUCGGCGGGGUGGUGAAGAAGAAGCUCGUCCGGAUGGUACGGGUGGGUGCUUGUGUCCCUGAGUGGGAAGACGAGAAGUCCAAACGCAAGAUCAUGAACAGGGAGCGCAGCCAUCAGGUGCGGAGCUUCUGCGGCUGGUGCUACCGGGUGAUCCCCAGCAAAAGUGAGAAGAUGGCAGCCAAGUCGGGCCAGGCGACGGGUUUGAUGUCGGGCCCCGUGGCAUAG